UCCCCGCUCCGCUCGGACUCUGCCGACGUGGCGGGGCGGGGCCGGGGCCACUCAGCGAGCCCAGACCUCCGCUCACCGCAAGUGACUGUCCAGGAACCCUCCAGCAGCAACAGAAGUGAGGAUGGCAGAGAGUGAGGACCACGCCUUGGCCCCUGGAGAAGAGCUGGGUGCCUCUGGAGGCCCAGUGGUCCACCCUGUCCCUGAGGAUGUGGGCUCACGGGCGGGCCUGGGUGAAGAAGUAGCUCCUCUGCCAGAAGAGGUUGCGUCCAGCAAGCCGGACAAAGAGGAAGAUACUUCAGGUGGAUCGGCUGAAUGCACCGACUCCGUCAGCCUCGAGACCGACCCCGUGACUGAUCUGGAACUGGAUCAGCAGAGUCCCCAGGAUGUGGGCUCCUCUGCUGGAGGAAGCCGUUGGAUGGGCUGGGGGUCCUGGGGGAAAUCUCUGCUGUCGUCGGCCUCUGCCACCGUUGGCCAAGGGCUCGCAGCCGUGCAAGGCAAGGCAGGGGCAGCCCUGCGAGCGCAAGGGAGCCCUCCUGCCUCUCUGGAUGGCGACCUCCCCGCCUCCUCCAACGGUGCGGCUCCAGAAGUGCAGGUGGACCCAGGCCAGAGCACUGGCGAUGCUUCGACCCCGGCUCCAUCUUCAGGCCCUCGCGGGGUGCUGUCCACCCUGUCCAGCGUGGUCCAGCACACGGGCAAGAGUGUCCUGAGCGGGGGCCUGGAUGCCUUGGAGUUCAUCGGCAAGAAAACCAUGAACGUCCUUGCGGAGAGCGACCCAGGCUUCCGGCGGACCAAGAUCCUGAUGGAGCGGACCGUCUCCCUCUCCCAGCUCCUCCGAGAAGCCAAGGAGAAGGAGAAGCAGAGGCUGGCCCAGCAGCUCCCGGCUGACAGGCCUGCACCCUACGGGCUGCUCUUCGACGAGUACCAAGGUCUCUCCCACCUGGAAGCCCUGGAGAUCCUGUCCAGUGAGAGCGAAGUCAAGGUGCAGUCAUUUUUAACAGCCCUUGAUGGAGAGAAGCUGGAAGCCUUGAAAGCUGAUUUAAUUUCCAUUAAAGAGAUCUUUUCUCUGGAGGAGCCCGAGAAUGCAGAUGCGGAAGGGACCCAAGAGACAGAAGGAGAGAGCGGGGAAGCGUUCGUGAGCAGGAUCACCGAGCUGCUGUUUGAGCUUCAUGUUGCUGCCACGCCUGACAGACUCAACAAGGCUCGGAAGAAAGCGUACGAUUGGGUGGAGGAGGCCCGCGCCCUCUCCUCAGCCACCGCCACAGACCAGCCCGUGGAGACCAACGUGGAGGCCGAGCAGGACAGAGAACAGCAAGAGGAGGCCCCGCCAAAGAAAGCCAAGACAGUGGAGGAAGUGUACAUGCUGUCUAUCGAAAGCCUGGCUGAAGUCACCGCGCGCUGCAUCGAGCAGCUCCACAAAGUGGCCGAGUUAAUCCUUCAUGGGCAGGAGGAGGAAAAGUCAGCCCAGGAGCAGGCCAAAGUCCUGACCAAGUUAACCAGUGCCAUGUGCAAGGAAGUGUCUUCUUUGUCGAAGAAGUUUUCUGAUUGUUUAACGGCGGCUGGGAGCGGCCAGAAGGCAGAGGCCCUGAACCCAGCAGUCACUGGAGUAUGGCUGGAGGGCUGCAACAGCACCGCCUACAUCCAGGACGCUUUCCAGCUGCUGCUUCCCGUGCUGCAGACCUCUCACAUCCAGACAAGCGGCCUCCGAGCACAGCAGCCAUGAUGGCCGUCCGGACGGACCCCUCCUCGCCGGCGGCCGGGUACUCGGUUCAUGCGGGGCUGCCGGUCUUCGCCCCGGCAGAUGGCCAUCACCCCACCCGGCCCCGGCCGGAAAUGACUGUCCGACUGUGGCCAGACUCCCCGAGGCCAGCGAUGACCUGCUCGUGGGCCUUCCCUGCACCCCAGAGCCUUCCGCAGAGUGAGGGGAAGGGCCCCCCAUCUGCCCACGCCCUGCAUCACCUCCUUCCCCGGCCUGGUCCCGGGCUGAGCCACCGCCACUGCCGGCUGGCCGCUCAGGCCAGUCCCCCCACCGCCCGGGCCCAGCCCUCUGGCCCCGGCCCCUGUUCUGGGCUCUUGCAGUGAAGCACAUUGUCCGUUCUGCCCACAGGGACUGGGCAGGGGGCCACUGCAGCAGGCCAGUGAUUCACUUAGCCCAUUUGUCCCUGGGCUAAGUCAAGGCCCUGCAGUAGCUGUCAGUGCACUAGGGGGUGGAUGUAGUGCCCGCAGUGAUGGGCAGUACCCCGGAGAGCAGUACCACCCUCUGGUAGUGUGAAAGGGUUCCUGUUCCUCUGGGGGCAAAACCCCUUAGACCCUUGGGAGAGCUUUCAACUCCCGAAGUGAUGAACCAACUUCAUUCGUGGUCAGUUGUGCGGUGGGACAGGAAGACCCAGAAGCAAUCAGUUGCCAAACGAAUCCCUCAGAAGCCCCAAGCAUAGAACCAGGAUCCUUUCCCACACCGGGGCCGCCGGCACAGAGGCAAAAACCCAGCAGCUCAUCGCCGGUGAGAAAGGACCGAGCGGCUCUUCUGCAGGACAGAGCCCCCCUUCAAACCACUUUCUCCUGAAACUUCAGCCCCAAGCUCAGCUGACCUAGCCUGGUAUGUCAUCACCGUGCUGGUGGCCGGCCUCCCCGGAGCCCAGAGAAGCCACACAGGGAAGAUCCUGCCGACGGGAGCCCCCCUGAAAGGUCUCCCCUCUCAGACCACCCAGGGCAGUGCCCUCUCAGACUGCCUAGGGCUGGGCCUGUGACAGGGCUGUCUGGUGGAGAUCCAGCAUCUGACCAACAGUUUUCAGGACUGAUGAGAAAGGACACAAGGUGGUCCUCUGGAGUAGGAAAAGGGUUAAUGCCCCCUGAAACCUCCAGCCCAAAGGCCCCGGCCAACCCAGACUUGGGACCGUGAGUGUAAGCUCCUUGUGGGCCGCGGACAUGUCCCUUUUUUCUGUUGAAUUUUCCCAAGUGCCUAGUAUAGUGUGUGGGUGCUAAUAAAUGCCAUUACUACCUUUACUUCUCUCUGCCAAGGGGCAGUUGGGGAAAAACCCACCAGAAGGCCUGAGGCGUUUCUGACUUCAGUCAG